GCGACACCAGUCCGCGUAAUCAUUUCCACGUAAAAAAUGGCGGACUGCAAGGAGAGCAAAGAAGAGACGAACAGGCCGUCGUAUAUUUUAAAGGUAGAUCCGCCGCAAGAUCCGUCAGAAGACUUGUCUAAAAAUUCUACGAGCGAAAAGAUGGAAAGUUCUUCUAUGGAGAACGACGCUCAGGAGUCUUCGUCAAGUUCUAACAAACUCCCCAAUAAAACACAUUAUCCUGUAUUAGCUGCUGCAAAGUUUGGAAAUCCAUUUGGGAGCAAUGACUUUUCAGAUUCCUUACCUAACAAAACAAAGCCAUCGAUAUUAAGGCCAUCUCAAUUGGGUGCAAUGGCAAAUAGUCAACUUGUUAAUAAAACAGUUCUGCAACCAGCAAAAUUCCAGAAUCCCUUUACAAAAGUCACUGACAUCGUUUCAGAAGAGAAGAAUGAAUCUGUGAACCAAAAUAACAAGAGCAAAGUAAAAGAAAGUAACAGCGAAGAGACACCAGCAGAGGAACCGAAGCCUACCUUCCUACCGCUAGGUGCGAGUACAAAGGAUAGCGAAAGUAAUAGUGUAAAUAAUACAGUGACACCUUGUGCUUCGGAACCGAGUUUCGUCUUUGGCCAGAACUUAAAGGAACGAGUUAUGGUUGGAAACGACGCGGAAAGCACCGAGAACACAGAGGGUGAAGAAAAAAAGGAGGAAGCUGCCAGCGAAAAUGGUUCUUCCGAACUUCUCUUCUCGAAUGCCCCUGCAGUGUGUCGCACUACAGCUCGGCCAGGUCUGACGUUAACGCAAGCGGCGCAAGAACUAGAGGAGGCGAAUCGCGCGAAUAAAAGGAAGUACAAUCAAGUGACGCCGUUGACGGGUGAAGAGGGAGAAACGAAUGUUGUUCAAAUAAAUUGCAAACUAUUUGCAUUCGAUAAAGCCAGUGGCGGUUGGCAAGAGAGAGGAAGAGGAACAUUACGACUGAACGAUCGCGACGAGGAGUCCCGAUUGGUAGGCCGCACCGCGGGCACCCAAAGAUUAAUAUUAAACACAAAAGUCUGGCCAGGUAUGACCGCGGAACGAGCCGCACCCAAAUCGUUAAGAUUAACAGCUAUGGACGUUCACGGAGACAUAAGAAUCUUCAUCGUUCAAGCUGCACCUAAAGAAAUCGAACAGUUGCACAAACUGUUGCAGCAGCGAAUCAAACGCGCGCAAGAACGUCAACCGAAGAAAUUGGCAACUGAUCACUGACAAUCGUUCAAUCAUCGCUGUGAGACGUUUGCCCUUUGUUACCCAGAAAUCGCUAACAUGUGAGAAGAGUGGAAGAACUUUUCGAGUAUCGGGCCCUAUCUAGUACACGUGCGCAAUAGAACGGCUAUAAUUUGUGCCUUCCCUUGGAAGUUUUAGAUCUGGAUCCCGUGGCACUGGUGUUUGCAGGCAGACAACAACAACAACAACAACAACAACAAAUGAAGUCGUAGCUGUCCCUCCCUGCUCACGCAGAUAUUGGAUUAUUCUGAUUUCGCGUUACGAGGCUCUUUUGUAAUCAUUCCUAAUCGAUACUUUUCUUUUACACGAAAUUCGAGCCAAUGUUUUUAAAGAACGCGUUACAUGUGCAUGAGUCACGGAAAUACUAGGUAGCAAAUUUUGAUAAUAGUAUGUUAUAGACGACACAAAAGGAUCAUGGAAGUAUUGUAAACGAAAAACUGGGAAAAGAUACCACGAUACAGAGGAGUAGCGUUUUAGUUUGUGGGAAUAGGUCUCCGCGGAGAUUACAUUAAUUUUUAUCGUAACGAUACUCGCGUAUCAUUUUAGAUUUCAAUUCCUCGUCGACUAGACGAACAACGAUACUUUUAAACAACGGUCUUAUUACUUUCCAUUAUUUAACGCGAACUUCUGCCGUGAGCGAAAGAACAGCUCGAUGCACGCGUUGCACUUAAGAGGGGGAAGCCACCUUGGACGCGUUAAAAUCAUUGAUAAUUCAACAAUUUCUUUUUUGAAACAGUUCACUUGUAGGCAAGUCUUUUUCGAAUAAUUAUAUAUUUUCAUUUUCUACAUGAUAUAUACUGUGAAAGUAUAUAUGAAUUUUUUAAAAUAUCAAUUUUUCCAAGAAUGGUGAAUAGUUGAAAAAGUUGUGUUUACCACAACAAUGUCUGUAACAAGAAAUGUUUUCAAUUUAUCGUAUAUUAAGUCAAUAGUUUUCGAAAAAAAAUUGUCGAAUAUAGCUAUAAAUUUCACGCGUCCAAGAUGGCUUCCCCCUUAACGAGGGAACGUCUUCACUGUACGUGUUGCAACACGUUAUUCAAGAUUCUCGCAAGCACAAAAGAAAGCGUUAUCGUACUAUCGAGCCUUGUAACUAUUUGUACUUGUACUUUAGUUUGUAAAUAGCGCCAGGAAGACCCUCAGUCUGUUUUCUCGUCGUGUCUCGUGCGUCGGUGAAGUUGCAGGCUGUGUUCGAGGCAGCUUCUCUCUCUCUCUCUCUCUCUCUCUCUCUCUCUCUCAUUUUGCUUAGCAAUAUUCAUCAUUCGAAGCUCCUUCGAUUGCGAAAACGAACAACUGGAGGGGGUCGAGUCACAAUCGUUUAAUGUGACGCGCAGUAAAGAAGGAUAUUAUUACUUAAUGCUAUCCAAGAUAAGGUCACAAUACAAAAUUCACUAUACACAUCGUUAAUUACUGAAAAAUACAAACGUUUGCAUAAAAAAUGUACGCAGUAGUCUGUGUUCUCAUUUCAGCCUUUGGAUUCAUUUGGAUGCAUGAGUGAUAGAAUAUCGACGUCCUAACAAUAUGUACAGCUGUUGGCUGGCUCUUACGUUGGUUCUUAAUAAUAAUUUUCUUUUUAGUUUA